AUGCCACCAAAGCGCUACCACCAAUCCGAGCGAUUGAUAGGAUGGGGUCUGCUGAAAGAAAAUUUCCACAACUCUAGAAAGAGGAAGAUCCUGACUGCGGGAAGAGCCCGCUUCGAGAAAUAUGGCAAUACAUUCAGUUCGGUCAUGGGCUUUGUCCACAUUGUAGCAACUAUCGAGCCGGAAAACGUAAAGGCUAUUCUCUCUACAAAAUUCAAGGAUUUUGACCUGGGUACUCGGCGAGAGAAAGCAUUCCAGCCACUCCUUGGGUACGGAAUUUUCUGCACUGAUGGAGCACGAUGGGAGCAUUCGCGCGCUCUGCUGCGACCAAGCUUUGCGCGAUCCCGGGUCGCAGACUUUGGUUUGCUUGAGAGACAUGUCGAAAAGCUUCUCCGUCUCAUUCCUCGCGAUGAAUCGGUAGUGGACCUUCAGAAAAUGUUCUUCGAUUUCACCAUGGAUACUGCGAGCGAGUUCCUCGUGGGGACGUCGGUGGAUCGACUGGGAAACCCAGACGACAAGGAGAGCCAGGCUUUUGUCGACGCCUUMAACUACGCCCAACGCUGCCUGAUCGAUCGAACGCGGUACGGUGCUUUCUUACCUUUCUACCGAAACAAGCAAUUUGACGCAAGCGUUCGGAUAUGUCACCAAUGGAUCGACAAGUUCAUUCACCAAAACCUCGAGUGUCGUGCGCAAGCUGGAAAUGGAAAACAAUCCGAGAGCUAUAAUUUCCUUGAAGAACUUUCCUGGAGAUCUAGAAGUUCGGAGGAUCUUCGUGACCAGUUACUCUGUGUGCUGUUAGCGGGAAGGGACACAACUGCUGGUCUAAUAAGCAACGUCUUCUAUUUUCUGGCACGCCACAAGGACGUUUUGCAACGAUUACAAAGCGAAGUCGCGGCGCUUCAAGGCCGUCCACCUUCCUUCGUAGAGGUGAAGCAAAUGAAAUAUCUCACCAGUGUCAUCGAUGAAUGCCUCCGAUUAUACCCACUCGUGCCUUCCAACGCGCGAACUGCGAACAAAGACACGAUUCUUCCUGUUGGUGGCGGUCCCGAGGGCAAGUCACCUGUCUUGAUCAGGAAAGGCCAGAUAGUUAUGUAUAAUGUCUACUCUAUGCAUCGACGAAAGGACAUUUAUGGUCCAGACGCAGACCAGUUUAGGCCUGAACGCUGGGAAAAGCUUCGUCCCGGCUGGGCCUUUCUACCGUUUAACGGGGGUCCCCGUAUAUGCGUUGGACAACAAUACGCCUUGUCUGAGGUCUCUUACACCACAGUUCGAAUCUUGCAAAACUUCAGUGGAAUUGAAGCUGCAGAUCAUCGAGGUUGGGCGGAGGAUCUGACCAUCUCCUGCUGCAACUUCUAUGGACUUCAGGUUAGAAUGAAGCCAGCAGCUGAGACAUGA